AAGAGUUAAGGCAAAGAUUUUCGACAGAAAACAAGAAUGAAGAGUUCAGAUUAAGGUGUUUGGUCCACAACAAGAUGCAGUCUGGUGAAAGCAUAAAUGUAAUGUCUAGAGAAUUUGCAGUACGGAGACCAGUGAGUAAAGUUUUGAGAAGUAACAGUUAUGAACACUUUAACGAUCGAAAUGAGAGAGAGUUCAUGAUAGGAGAGAAAGUUCGUUUUGAUGGUCACCAAAGUAACAUUGAAACCCCUGAGAAAAUGGGAACCAUUCAUUUAGAGCAAACCGCAACUAAGGCAAAACUCGAAGCCAUGAUGGAUACAGAUGUACUCAGAAUUGUAUUGCUAGGAAAAACUGGAACAGGGAAGAGUAGUGUGGGUAAUACUUUGAUAGGUGAAAGUAUUUUUCCAGAUUCAAGUAAUUUUCAACCCUUGUCCAAUCUAGCAGCGAGGAAGUCCAUACAAGCGGAGAACAGUCGUUUUGGUCGUAAGAUUUGUGUGAUCGAUACCCCUGGUCUUUUUGACAGUCGUUUUCCUACAGAACAGGUCAAGAACGAAAUUAAGAGAUGUUUUUCAUUGGCGACACCGGGACCACAUGCUAUACUGCUCACAGUAAAGGCAAGUCGAUUAACAAAAGAGGACAUUGAAGUUUUCGAGACAUAUACCGAUAUGUUUGGUGAAUCUUUUUUGAAUUACACUGUUGUCGUUUUUACCCAUUUUGAUCACUCGAAACAAAUUGAAGGAAAAACUAAAGAUGAAGCAAUUGAAGACUUUACCAAGUCUUUUCCUGAAACAGUGAAUCGGUUCUUAAACAGAAUCAAAAAUAGAUAUUUAAUGCUAGACACAAGAGGAAAUGAUGUAGAGGAUGAAUCGAAAGCAUUAAUUUUUUCAAUUAAGCAGAUGAUAACAGAUAAUAAAAACGGCUUCUACUCCUACCAACACUUUAUUGAUUCAAGGAAAUCUCAAACUACAGCGGAAGGUAUGGUCGCAGAUGAAAACAGAAGGCAAAAGAAGAAAAAAACCAGGAGACAGCUAACAAGCAGCUUUCGUCAGAAGGCAACGAAGAGAACACAUUCUAGAUUAGAAAAUGAAACCGGCGCUUCGAUGGUUCACGAUUCCAAAAGAAGGUACAAUUGUCGUGCAUAGAACGUUUAUGAAUAGAACACUGCUGUACAGAAAUUGCACACGAUUUACAUAUUUUAGUAACAAAAUAUGAUAAGAUAUAUUGUGUAACUGUGUUGUUUCUCUCCUUUACAGUUUGAACACUUUUUUUUUGUCUUUUAUGAUUUAUUUUCUUCUGAUUGAUAAAACAAACUAUAUAAAUAUAUACGUUCCGAGCGGUUUUAUUCCUUAUUUUUGAUGUCGUGUUACAGUUUUAAUAAGAUUAACAUGUAUUCAUUUUAUUGGUGUUGGUUUUAUGAUGAGUUUAUUUGCAAGAGAACUAAUAAAAAACAAUGC